CCACUUUCUUCCUACUUUAUACUCUUUUCCUCUCCAUUAGUCUCUUAUGCCCACUUCCUAACUUCCUCUGCUGCUAUGCUCGUCAAAACUUACUCGGAACGAACGAUGUUCACUUGCUUUGAGAAAAAGUAUGGGAAAUGCAUUUGAGGAGCAGUAAAGAGUGGUGAAUGCGAUGGGAUUGUUAUUGUCAGAGUUAACACGGAGCGUAGUAGUGUUGGUGACGAGGCCUUUCAUUGUUUUCAAAUGGGCAUGUUUGUUUGGGCUGAGGACUGCUUUCAUUUUCAGUAUUACCUUGACAGAGUUGUUAAAGGCCACAAUCUAUUUGCAUUUUAGUUUAUUCUGGAGAAUGUUUGUGUGGACAAUUGCUCUUCUAACUCUUCCUUUACGACUUCUCACUGCCAUUUGGAGGGAGAGGCAGCUGGAAAUGCAACUGCGUUAUAUUGAGAACGAGUUGGAGAAUGUUGAAUGGGAGCGAAUAAAACUUGAGAAACAUCUCCAGACAGCCGUGAAGGAACAUAGAAUGAUGGAGCUGAUUUUUGCAGACCUUGAAGACCAACUUGACAAAGCCAUUGCCAAAAUUCAAAUUUUACAAGAUGAGUUGAAGGAAGUGAAAACCGAAAACCUUCGGCUGUUGGAAGUUCAGGGCAAGGGAUACUGGAGCCCAAUAAGCAAAGAUGAUACCGGUACGGGCCAUGACAGUGGAUUUGCUGACAGAUAUGGCAUAUCAUAUGGUUUUCCCAAAUGGAAACCGAGUUAUGAUGGGAGUGGUAUGAUCCUCCAAGACCUUAUGAUGCUCGCAAGUACAUCGGGGGACGAGAGCAAAACUAGCACCGAGUUGCUGAAGCUCUUGAAACCCGAAUUGGGAACCAUUCGCAGAAAUUUGGAAACUUGUGAAGUCCUUGAACAAAGACGAGAGACGGCAAUCAUACAGAGCUUGUUCAGCGCAGUGUUGUCACUUUUUGUUGGAUUGAUCAUCUGGGAAGCUGAAGACCCGUGCAUGCCUCUUGUUGUGGCUCUGCUCACAGUGGUUGGGAUGUCGCUAAUGAGUGUGGUCCAAUUUUUCUCAACCAUUAAGAAUAAACCUGCUUCUGAUGCCGUCGCUCUCUUGAGCCUAAACUGGUUCAUACUAGGCACACUUUCUUACCCAACAUUGCCAAGAAUGGCACGAACAUUGGCUCCAUUGGCAUUGAGAAUCGCCUACCAGGCCUCGAGGUUUGUUGGUCUCUCUUUUUCGUAGCACAGUUAUUGUCUUCUGUCACUGUAUCAUACAACAUGAACCGUUGGAA